UGCAUCGCCCCCCGGCCCCCCGGGGACCCCCCGCCCGCCGGCAGAGCCAUGAAGCUGCAGGCGGUGAUGGAGAACCUGCAGCGGCAGCAGCGCGCGCGGCUGCUGCAGGAGCAGCAGCAGCAGCAGCCGCCAGCACGCUGCACGUCCCCUCCAGCGCAGCCCUCGCAGCCCCCGGGGCAGCCCCGGGGCCGCGGGCAGGAGGCGGCAGCGCCCUCGGAGGAGGGAGCGGAGCCCGAGAGCGCGCACAUGCAGCGGGCACAGAUGGCCGCCCUGGCUGCCAUGCGGGCGGCCGCCGCCGGCCUCAGCCACUCGCCCAGCCCGGGGCUGUCGGAUGAGAGCCAGGCCUCCGAGGAGGAGGAAGAGGAGGAGCGCGGAGAGGAGGAGGAAGAUGGCGGCGGGUACCAGCAGGAGAUGGGCUCUGAAGAGGAGGAGGAUCUAAAGGGCAAAUGGGAUGGAGAUGACUUUGAAGAGGACCUGGGUGAGGAGGAAGAGGAAGAAGAAGAGGAGGAGGAAGAGGAAGACUACGAGGAAGAAGAAGACAUGGGAGAGGAAGGGCUCAGCUCGGCAGAGGCGGUGCGGGCGGGCGCGGGGUCCCUGCUGCUCCGCAAGCCCCCAGCGCCCCAGCACUACCGGGGGGAGCCCCCACGGCUGCCAGGCGGGCAGGAGCGGCUGCCCCCCGGCCUGGGCCACGCUCAGCCCCCGCCACCAGCCCCUGACCACGGCGACUGGACCUACGAGGAGCAGUUCAAGCAGCUGUACGAGCUGGAUGGUGACCCCAGGAGGAAGGAGUUCCUGGAUGACCUGUUCAGCUUCAUGCAGAAGCGUGGGACCCCCGUGAACAGGAUCCCCAUCAUGGCCAAGCAGGUGCUGGACCUGUACAUGCUGUACACGCUGGUGACCGAGAAGGGGGGGCUGGUGGAGGUCAUCAACAAGAAGCUGUGGAGGGAGAUCACCAAGGGGCUGAGCCUGCCCACCUCCAUCACCAGCGCGGCCUUCACCCUGCGCACCCAGUACAUGAAGUACCUGUACCCCUACGAGUGUGAGAAGCGUGGGCUGAGCAACCCCAACGAGCUGCAGGCGGCCAUCGACAGCAACCGGCGGGAGGGCCGGCGGCAGGGCUUCGGGGGCUCCCUCUUUGCCUACUCGCCCGGUGGCACCCACGGCCUCCUCUCCUCGCCCAAGCUGCCAGUGCCAGCGCUGGGGCUGGCAUCUGCCACCAACGGCGGCGCCAUCACGCCCGGCCAGAAGAUCAAGAAAGAGGAGGACUCUCCCAUCCCCAUCUCCAUGCCCAGCCGGCUCCCGGUGUCCCUGGCCGGGCACCCGGUGGUGGCGGCGCAGGCAGCCGCGGUGCAGGUGGCGGCGGCCGCCCAGGCCGCGGCGCUGGAGCAGCUGCGGGAGAAGCUGGAGUCGGGGGAGCCGCCGGAGAAGAAGCUGGCGCUGGUGACGGACGAGCAGCAGCGGCUGAUGCAGCGGGCGCUGCAGCAGAACCUCCUGGCCAUGACGGCCCAGCUGCCCAUGAGCAUCCGCAUCAACAGCCAGGGCACCCGCUCGCCAGGUCAGUGCCGGCCCCGGCCCUGCGGCCCCACGCGGCUCCCGGCCCCGGCGGGCUCGGUAACGCGGCUCUCCCCGGCAGAGAACCGCCCGGACGCCGCCGCCGCCAGCAGCAACGGCACCAACAGCAUCAGCAUGUCCGUGGAGAUCAACGGCAUCGUGUACGCAGGUGUGCUGUUCGCCCAGACGCCCGGCCCUUCCUCCUCCUCUUCCUCCUCCUCCUCCUCUGCCUACAGCAAAGGCAACGGCGGCAGCAGCCGGAGCAGCGGCGGCAGCGGGGUGGGGAGCGGCGGUGGGAGCGUGCCCCCCGCCCCGGCCGGCCUGGCCGUGCCCCCCAGCUCUACCUCCAACAGCGCUUCUUCGCCUUAACGCCCCCAGCCUCGGGCACCGGCGCCCGCGGGGGGACGGGGCCGCACCGGGGCUCGCCGGGGUCUUCUGGGGUCUCAUUGGGAUCUCACACGAGGUCUUGCCAGGGUCUCUCUGGGGUCUCACCAAGGGUCUCACACGAGGUCUUGCCAGGGUCUCUCUGGGGUCUCGCUUGAGGUCUUGCCAGGAUCUCACCAGGGUCUUGCUCGAGGUCCUGCCAGGGUCUCACUGGGAUCUCACCAGGAUCUCACCAGGGUUUCAUUGAGAUCUCGCCUGGGUCUCACUGGGAUCUCACCAAGGGUCUCACCCAAGACCUGGAUGAGACUGGGGCCUCACUGGGGUCUCACCAAGGGUCUCACUCGAGGUCUUGCCAGGGUCUCUCUGGGGUCUUGCUCGAGGUCCUGCCAGGGUCUCACUGGGAUCUCACCAAGGGUCUGGCCUGAGGUCUUGCCAGGGUCUCAACAGGAUUUCACCGGGAUCUCACCAGGGUUUCACUGAGAUCUCGCCUGGGUCUCACUGGGGUCUCAUUGAGAUCUUGCCUGGGUCUCCCUGGGAUCUCACCAAGGGUCUCACCCAAGGUCCUGCCAGGGUCUCUCUGGGGUCUUAACAGGAUUUCAUUGAGAUCUCACUGGGGUUUCAUUGAGGUCUUGCCAAGGUCUCACUGGGGUCUCACCAAGGCUCUCACCGUAGAUCUUGCCAGGGUCUCUCUGGGGUCUUGCUCAAGGUCCUGCCAGGGUCUCUCUGGGGUCUCAACAGGAUUUCACCAGGCUCUCACCAGGUUUUCAUUGAGAUCUCUCCUGGGUCCCACCAGGAUCUCACCAGGGUUUCAUUGAGAUCCCACCUGGGGUCUCACCAAGGGUCUCCCCUGAGGUCUUGCCAGGGUUUCUCCUGGAUCUUCUCAGUCUCUCGAUGGGCCCUGCCCUUGUUCUCCUGUUGUUGGAUUUUCCUUUUCCAGGCAGAAAAGCUUUAGCCCGGGGGGUUUUGCUGGAGCCACCGCCGGCUGUCCGGCUGCGCCGCUCCGGGACCGUUUACCUCACUCACAUCACACUUUGCACUGUACAUUUAUUAUUAUUAUUAUUAUAAUUAUUGUUAUUUUUUAACUCGUGUUACCUCCAGACAGACGCACGGACGCCUGCCGACGCGAGCUCUAGCGAAACCCCCCCGGAAUUCUAAAGGAAAAAACAAAACAAAACCAAAAAUCCUAAAAAAAAAAAAAAAUUUGGAAAUAGGGAGAAAUUUUAUUCAUUUCCAUCCUUUUCCCUCCUUUGUUUUGGGAACUCCACUCUCUGCAGGAUUUUAAGAGGUUGUUUUCGAUUGUUUUGUUGUAAAUAGCUUCUAUUUUAUUCUCUAAAAAAAAAAAAGAAAAAAAAAAAGAAUCAAUCUUUUAACAUGCAAAUGAUAUAUAUUAGUCUUCAUCAGGGAAAAUGGGAGCUUGGAAAAAAGUUGGAAUCUCCUUUCUCCUCUCCUUAUCGGUGGUUGGGUCCAGCUCUGCUCCUUCCCCCACCGCCAAAUCCUAAUUUUUAUCCCUCCCCUUGCAUAAAACUACUGUUUAAGGCCACUUUGGGCUUAUUUCCUCCAAAACCAAGCAGCAUCCAGAGGAUGGGGAUGCUCAGAGCUGCAGGACGCUCUGGAGCACACAACCCAAAGCAUUUAUUUUAAACCUCGCAAUCUCAGUUUCUUUUAAAUAUUUCCCUCCUCCUCCCCCUCACCAAAAAAAAAAAAAAAAGAAAAAUUAUUCACCCACAUCUGCGUGAGACACAAUCCAAGCCGAUACCGAAACGCCCUCGCCCCCCUCGGUAUCUCCGUUCUCAGGUUCCCACCUGGAGCACAGGGUUUUUCCCCCCUUCCCCAGGUGCCCCCCAACCCCAACCUUUUAUUUUUCAUUUCACUCGGGGAAGUGGCGAUCUCAGGGGAUUUGGGUUUGUUUUUUUUUGUU